AUGGCAGCCAUCUAUCAGCCCCAGGAAUACCAGGUCGUCGACGACGUGCCCUACCAGCGCGGCCGUCCUCUCCCAACCAUCACCCCCGUCUUCCAGAACAAGCUCCCCAACUCGCCCGGCAAGACGGCCAUCGGCCUGCUCGUCGACUUCCCGCCCAACUCGUCGACCCCUCCUCACACGCACGGCGGCGCCGCCAUCUCCGCCUAUGUCAUCAAGGGCACCGUGCUCAACAAGAUGAACGACGGCCCUACGCGCGUGAUCCCCGCGGGCGGCUCCUGGUUCGAGAACCCCGGCUGCCGGCACCGGACCAGCGACAACUUCAGCACGACCGAGCCUGCGCAGAUUCUGGCGACUAUGGUGGUGGACACCGAGGUCGUUGAGAAGGGGGGCAUGGCUGCGCUUGUUGUGUUGGAUCCUGAGUAUGCGGAUAUCAGACUUGGUUAA